AGGGAGAAUCCUCUCCCUUAGAAGUUCCCGCCUCUCUCACUUAACCUAUUAAAUCGUUCUUCUCUCCUAGAAAUAUAAUCGCUAAUUCCUCGCACGUUUCACGGUCACCGGAAGCAAUCCAAUCCCUAAUUCCUCGCUUAUUCACUCCUUUCACACUAGAAGUAAACUGAACUGAGCGUGAAUCUCCAUUCCCCCCUGAUAAUCAGCAUCAAAAUCUUCGAUGUGCUUCUGUAAAGAAGCGAAACGGCUGCAAAUCCGCACUUGGGAAGGGUUGCACGAAAAUGGUCUCUGCCAUUCCAGAACAGGGACUUGGGCAUCAGAUCGAUUGAAUUUGUUCUAAUAGACGAGGAGGGUACAAGAAUUCAAGCUACUGUGCCACAAGAGUACAUUCCACUGUUUGAAGACCAUAUCGAAGAGGGGAGACUUUAUGCCUUUAUGCACUUCACUCUAAGAGAGAAUGUGGGCAAGUGGAGACCAACACAACAUCCAUAUCGGUUUUAUUUUAAUCAAAGGACUAAGUUUAUGCCCCAGCCAAAUGGUACACACCCAUUGUUUCCUCUCACUACUUAUAAAUUCACCAGCUUUGAGGAUGUUAUGAAUUCUCCAGAUAUUGACGGUGCUGAUCUAAUCGACAUAAUUGGGGUAUACAAUCCAUCCGAGCCCGUGAAGAAGCCCCCUGCAUCCGAAGGCCCUUCAACCUGGUGCAGCUUUCAACUUCGUGAUUUACAAUGGCACUAAGGGAGUAGCCACCUCUUUUUAUGUUUCAAAGUUAAUAUUGGAUGAACAUAUCCCUGAGAUUGAGGAUUUCCGAAGCAGUUUUCUAAGCACCAGAGGCUCUUUCCCAUCGCCUUUAACGCAAUCAUCAUCAUCCUCUGUUCUCUCUGCCGAUGUUGCUGCUGAAAUUGGUCUUACCAUACCACUCUCUGAGUUGUCAUCGGUUAAAGAGGUUCAUGGUUGUUGGGUAUAUGGCCAAAUAAGUUCCAUUAUUUCUUGGAAAACAUGGGCUUAUUUGGGGUGUGAUGAACCUAGAUGUUUCAAGAAAGUCGUCAAAGACAAUGGUAAACUUCGUUGUGUAAACUGUCACAAACAAAUCUGUAAAGGUAUUUGGCGAUAUAGCUUAAGGUUGAGAGUCAACCAUAAUUGUGACAACGUUGAAUUCAUGUUCUGGGAUUUGGAGGCACAAGGACUCUUAGGAAAGGCAGCACAGCAAUUCAACAUCCACCUAGAUGCGGAAAAGCUAGCACCAAAGAGCCUUCCUGAAGAGAUAAAAGAACUGGUUGGAAAGGAAUUAAUAUUCAAAAUAGACAAGGUACAUGAAAAUCGCACAAGUGGCGGUGUGUAUUACUCCAUUGGCAUGAUCUCAGAGGAUAGAGAGAAAAUAGAGCAUGUGAAAGCUGCAGUUGUAUUGCAAUCCGAGGCCUAUAAUUCUGAUGAUGAUCUAGAGCUGCUUUCCUACUCCACAAUAGGGGUGGAGUCAAGCAUGACUCCAAGCUCCGUUGAUAAUGAAAAUGUCCCAACUCCACACUCAUCAAUUUCAAAACGAGUUUUGGAAGGUGAUCCUCUAGGAUCUGAAACAGGAUCCAGCCUAGGCUCAAGUGUCAAAAAACAGAAGUUCAUCAAGCUAGAGAUGGAAUGAAGUUCAACCUUCCUGAUUUUAUAAUGACGUCUUUAAAGCAUUCUGCAUUCUUAAAAAAUUAGGAUUAAGUAGCAUAUAUAGUUGGUCCAUGACCAUCUCUUCAUGAUGUUUUUUUAAGUAUCUCUUCAUGAUGUUUUUCAUGAACAUGCUCUUUUAAUAUUAGUCCUAAUAAAUUUGGAUUUCUAGCAUAUAUACUUGAUCCUUUGAAUGAUUCUAUACUUUUCUUUGGAAAUAGGUCCUAUUGUUAAAAUUAUUAAACGG